UCCUCGCCCUGCGCCCCUCUUCCUCUCCCCUCUGCGAGCCUUUAAUUUUGCGAAUUGUUGUUUAUGGAUUUUCGCUGCUGUAUUUUGAUGGAGUCCGUUGGGAUUUGAAUUUAUCCCCUCUUUCGGUGUGUACUGAAUUUGAACCUGAUUGCGUGAAACCAACCCUAGUUUUUGUUCUUUUUCGAAUACAAGUUUGGUUGUCGUCUGGAGAAUUUCAGCUCUUAGUUAUUUUUGUUCGGAUUGGGAAUGUGAACUUGCAUACUUCGAUUGUUUGAUUAUCUAUGGUCCGUGGAGAAAUUUGAAUUGAGCUAUGAUGUUCAUCCCUUGGCCAUGAUUUUGAUUCAUGCCAAAUUCUCAGGCCUGUUUUGAUCAAUCCUUGUCGCAGUUGUGAGUAUGGCUUCGGAUUUACGUGCAAUCCGAAACUUCGUUGGUGUCUUUGUAUUGUUUCUGUUGAUCGGGUCUUUCAGCGACGCCGAUCAAUCGGAUAUCGAUUGCCUCAGAAAGAUAUACAGUUCCUUAAAGGAUCCUUUGAAAUCACUUUCAUUAUGGAAUUUCAAUAACACCACUCCUGGUUUUAUCUGCAAGUUUCCGGGGAUUGAAUGUUGGCACGAAGACGAGGACAAGGUAUUGAACAUCCGGCUGAGUGAUAUGGGACUGCAGGGUGAGUUCCCGAUGGGUCUUUCCGACUGUAAAUCGAUGACAGGCCUGGAUCUUUCGAACAACAAAAUCCGAGGGAUCAUUCCAAGCAACAUCUCAGAUUUAAUCAAAUAUAUCACAAACCUAGAUCUUUCAUCCAAUCAGUUUUCCGGAGAGAUUCCCCCGAGCAUUGUGAAUUGUACGUAUCUGAAUGAGCUUAAACUUAAUGACAACCAGUUGACAGGAAAGAUCCCUCCUGAAAUCGGUCAGCUUGGCCGAUUGAAGAAAUUUUCUGUGGCGAAGAACCAUCUAAAUGGGACAAUCCCACAUUUUAGCAAUGGCAGUUUUUCUGCUGACAGCUAUUCGGGAAAUCCUUUGCUGUGUGGCUAUCCAUUGCCUCCAUGUCAGGGCUCGUCCAAGAAAGCCGCAGCUCCAGCUAUUGUUGGAGCAGCUGUGGGUGGGGUGGUUGUUGGUGCUUUGGGUCUGGCUAUUGGGAUGUACAUUUAUUUACGGAAAAUGAAGAAGUGGAAGAAGGAAGAGGAUCCACUCGGGAACAAAUGGGCAAGGAGUAUCAAGGGCGCCAAGCGGAUCAAGAUUUCGAUGUUUGAGAAAAUCGCUACGAAAAUGAGCUUGAAAGAUCUCAUGAAGGCGACCGACAGCUUUAGUAACGAGAACAUAAUCGGGUUGGGAAGAACUGGGACAAUGUACAAAGCAGUGCUCGAGGACGGGACGACCCUCAUGGUAAAACGGCUUCAGGACACUCAACACUCAGAGAAAGAAUUCGUGUCUGAAAUGGCGACUCUAGGAAGCGUCAAGCACAACAACCUCGUUCCGCUCAUCGGAUUUUGCAUGACGAAAAAGGAAAGACUCCUAGUCUACAAGCACAUGCCCAACGGUAAUCUCCACGAUAAGCUACACAACGCUACCGACAAGAUCCUCGAUUGGGCGACGCGGCUCAAAAUUGCGACCCGAGCCGCCAAAGGGUUCGCGUGGCUCCACCAUAGUUGCAAUCCGCGAAUCAUCCACCGCAACAUUAGCUCGAGCUGCAUUUUGCUCGACUCCGACUACGAGCCGAAGAUCUCCGACUUCGGGCUCGCCCGCCUCAUGAAUCCGAUCGACACCCAUUUGAGUACGUUCGUGAACGGCGAGUUCGGCGACCUGGGUUACGUGGCUCCCGAGUACACCCGGACUCUCGUCGCCACCCCGAAGGGCGACGUGUACAGCUUCGGAGUCGUGAUACUCGAGUUAGUGACGCGGGAGAAGCCGACCUACGUCGGGAAGGCCCCCGAGGGGUUCAGGGGCAAUUUGGUGGAGUGGAUUUCGGGAUUGUCCACCGAAGGUCGACUGAAGGAUGCGGUCGAUGAGGCCGUGGCCGGGAAGGGUUGCGACGGGGAGGUUUUCCAGGUGUUGAAGGUGGCGUGUAAUUGCGUGCUGCCGGGACAUAAGGAGAGGCCGACGAUGUUCGAAGUUUAUCAGCUGCUGAGGGCGAUAGGGGAUCGAUAUGAUUUUACGACGGAGGAGGAUGUGCUUGUGCUGCCGGAGGGUGGUGGCGCCGGAGAUGAGCCGCCGCUGGAGCUGAUCGUCGCCAGGGAUGUACAGGAACACCAUUGAAGGUAUAUAUAUAUAUAUAUAUAAAUAUGUGUAGAGAGGGAGAGAGAUUUUCGAAUGGGCUUUUAACAUAUGGUGUAUAUGAAUGUUGGUCUGUGUUGUGUUGUGAGAUUGAUAACUACAGGGUUAUUUCUUGCUUUUAACAUAUGGUGUAUAUGAAUGGGCUUUUAACAUAGGGUUAUGGUCUCUC